AUUUGGAAGUUCAUAAAAGAGACCCCUUUCGGAGAUACAUCCCAAGACCUUACCCGUUUAAUGCCAGUCAGUACUGUGAGCACAGAGACAAUCAUGCCGGUGCCCAGGAAAGCAGGAAGGAAAAGCAGUAGCGCUGCAGAAGAAAAGCUGCCACCAUAUGAACCAAAUAUCCCUGAGCCCACCACCAGGGCUGACUUCAUGAAAUACUGGCUCCCCCUGUCUCUGGAUGAUAAAACUGCUCAGAAGCUGUUGUGGAUUUCAGAGGGUGGCUCUAAGGUAGCUCGUACUUCAGAUGCUGUCUGCCCGUAUCCCAACAGGCCUGAGAGAUAUGAGCACUCUCCACAGGUGCUGUGUAAGGAAAGCCUGCUGGGCUGUCGGGGGUACUGGGAGGUGGACUACGAUGGCUGGGUGGUGAUUGGGGUGGUGUGUGAGAGCGCACCCAGGAAGGUCCAGGACGGGCCCUGCGGCCUUGGGGAAAACACCACCUCCUGGGGCGUCGGCUGGUCCGGUUCCUGCUAUCAAGUCUGGCACAACAGCGAGAACGUGGACGUCCAGCUGCCUGCGUGUCCCACCAUAGGCGUCUACAUCGACCAGCCCGCCGGCAUCAUAAAGUUCCUCAUAGUGGAGGGGGAGGGCGAGAAAGAGGUGCAGCUGAUUCACAAGUUCAAAGCCAACGUGCCGGAGAAGAUUUUUCCCGGGUUCUGGGUUGGCACAAGUUCCUUCUGCCUUAUUAGGAAAAAGGAUCAGUGACACAGGGGAGAAUUACCAUGAGGAAGGGUCAAGUAGUGUACAUUUAAAAAGGAGGAAGCUGCUUCCUCUGGUGCAUGACAGAAGCUUAUUUAUUUCAUACUAUAGCCAGUAAUUAUUUGACUGAAUAUUGUGUAUUUUGUGAAUUUGAUUUAACCGAGAGAAAUUAAAGUAUGCUUCGUUACACGCAGGGCUUCACAUGAGUGCUUGUUAAGAGUCUGUUUCUUUGUCCAUGUGCUUAGUGUGGCCAAUAAAUCUUGCCAUUGUGUAA